AUGGCAACUCGAACUUCUACUCGUCACGCAGCUCAAAAGGCCAAAGAGGCUAUUUCAGCGGCCCCGGAUACUAAGAGAAGGGGACCGGUUGGUACCAAGCGUAAAGGGCCCACCGAGAAGGCCCCGGAGCCAAAGAGGGAGAAGAAGGAUAUCGACAAAGUAUCGAAGGAAGCUGAGACGAAAGAGCCUGAGAAAACGCCUGAGCAGAAAGUAGAACCUGAAGAGAAGAAAGAAGAGAAAGAGUCACAGGCAGAAGUGAAGCAGCAAGAAAAGCCCACAGAAGAACCGCAGGCGGGGCCGAAGGCGCAGCCCGAAGCAGAGCUCGAUGAACAGCCAAACGCAACAUCGAAGGAACCUUCGCAGGACAAGUCCGAAGACAAGUCAGAGAAAAGGCCAGAUGAGAAGCCGAAGGAGUCAGAAACAAAGCAGGACACUGCCGCCGAUGGAACCGAGGGUGAUUUGAAGACCUCUCAGAAGCGAGAAGAAAUCGUUCCGUCCAAUAUCCUUGAGAAAGGCAUCAUAUACUUCUUCUAUCGCGGUCGGGUCAAUACCCAGGAAGCACACAGCAUGCAAGACGUGGCGAGGAGCUUCUUUGUGCUGCGUCCUACCCCUCUAGGAGCUGCAGUGGAUCCUGAACAGGGUGCAUUGGAUACGGGUGCAAAGUGCCGGUUGCUGAUGUUGCCCAAAAAGAAGUACCCAAGAUCAGGUAAAGAGAGGGAGAUGGGUUUCGUCGAGAAGUCUAACGUUUCGGUCAAAGAGCUGCAAGAGAGCUUUAUUGCCGGUGAUACCUAUGAGACCUCUACUCGGGGCACACGUGAAGUCCCCGAAGCCAAACCCUAUGCCGAGGGGGUUUAUGCCAUCACCUCUACCAAACGGGCAACUCACCUCGUGUAUCAUAUUACGCUCCCCGAGCAGCUGGGAGAGAUCCAAGAGGACUUCGGCCUGAGCAAUCGCGGCAGCUGGCUCCUGCAGUCAAAGAAUCCCAAGUUUCCUGGACCGCCGAAUGCCCGUCUCCCGAAGGAACCAGAGUUCCCUGCGCAUAUUCAAGAGAAGUUCAAAGACUACCGCUGGAUUCCAACAGAGCCGGAACUACUAGAAUUCCCCAAUGCGCAGUUUCUCAUGGUCGGUUCAGCCACGGGAGACUUUGGAAAGGCAGCAACGGCGGAGUCGGGCGAUAAGCGACCGGAAGAGGAGCAGCCCGAAGAAGAACUGGUCAAGAUGGAAGAUGAGAAUGAGUCACGAAUCGAGGCCCUAGGAGGCGAUCACGCGAUCUACCAAGACCUGGGUUAUCAUGCGAAGGAGAAGUAUUCCAAGUUAGAGACCACUUGGCAAGCUGGACACGAAGAAGGCAAGUGA